AUGCCAUCUACACUGGAUUUAUUGAAGCAAACCACUAUUGUCGUUGCAGAUACGGGGGAUUUUGACAGUAUACGAAAAUUUCUUCCAACUGAUGCCACGACUAAUCCGUCUCUUAUACUUGCGGCUUCUAAGAUGCCAAAAUACUCAGAAAUCAUUGAAGAGGCAGUGCGGAUUGCCAAGACGAAGUCCGACUCUCUGGAAGAGCAAGUCGAAAUCGCCUCAGACUACACAUUUGUAAUGUUCGGCGAAGAAAUUCUGAAAAUCAUUCCCGGCCGUGUUUCCACAGAGGUCGACGCGCGGCUUUCUUUUGACAAAGAUAAGCAAAUCGAAAAGGCCCUUAGGUUGAUCGCUCUCUAUGCUGAGAAGGGAAUAUCGAAAGAACGUAUACUCAUUAAAUUGAGCUCAACCUGGGAAGGCAUACAGGCAGCCAAGGAGCUUGAGUUGAAACAUGGCGUACACUGCAAUCUUACACUCCUUUUCUCUUUCUUCCAAGCUGUUGCUUGCGCUGAGGCCAACGUGACACUCAUCUCCCCAUUUGUUGGCCGCAUUUACGACUGGUACGUGGCGAAAAAGGGUCAAAUCGAGUUUACUAGGCUCGAUGACCCAGGUGUUCUCUCUGUAACACAGAUUUACAAUUACUACAAGAAAUUCGGCUACGAAACCGAGAUUAUGGGCGCCUCUUUCCGCAAUGUAAAUCAGAUACUCGGUCUCGUUGGCUGUGAUCUCUUGACUAUUUCACCUAGUCUUCUUGAAUCUCUUGCCUCCAUGGAUGAGGUGGUUCCUGUCGCUCUUGAUGCUAAAUUAGCUUCUUCGAGAUCCAAAUACGAGUCGCCUCUGCACUUAGAUGAGGCUGCUUUCCGCUGGGCUAUGAACGAGGAUGAGAUGGCUACUGAUAAACUCUCAGAGGGUAUUCGCAAGUUUGCCGCAGACUCACGGACCUUAGAAUGCCUUCUAAGAGCUCGCCUCACUGACUCCAAUUGA